CCGAGUGGCGUGCCGCGUGAACAAGAAUUGUUGUAGCUGACAAAGGCCCUACGUCACGUGCUAAUGUUUAUCUUUUCAUGUUUGAUUCUGAUUUUAUUCAGUCGUGAUUUCCAGUAUCUGAAAGUUCGAAGUGAUGUAUAGUGAUAAGGCUAAAAACUUACAUGAACACAAACUCUAAAGGAGCCUCCACAGUUCGAGGGUGUAUGUAAUCCGUAUGACGUCAAAAAUGGAUCAGUAAGCCAGUCUAUCAAAGUGAGUGACCCAGAGGCAACAGCUCAGUCGAGAAUUAUUCAAAAGUCAUAGCUGCUAGUGAAACGAUUGCAUCUGUGAGUGCAAACAACACUGAGAUUUUACUGUCUCUACUCAACCCUCAACUCAACGUCUCCCUCAUAUUGUAACAAUGUCUCAUCAGUUCCAGCAUUCCUCAGACACCAUUGAAAACAAACAGCCAUCAGAAGUGGAAUCUUUCGAUGAGGAAGCCCUUCUCCUCUGGUUGUUGAAUCAUUCAAACGGGAUUGAAAAACCAAUGCCAGCUGGGCCCAUAGUGCCUCCAUCCGAUACUCCUGCUCAUAUUCCCAUGGGUCAAGUCACUCAAUUGGCUGGUGCUGUUUCCAAUGUCACCAUGACUGCUUAUCUAGAGGAUCAAUCCGCUUUGCCUGGACUUGGGGCCGCAACUGCCGCUCGAGGAUUAGAAUCUGCUAUGGAUCAGCAAGCUGGUUGUUCCCAUUUCAUCGAUGUUAUGAAUCCGCACUUAUCAGGCCAACCGGAUGCAUUUGAAACACCCUGUAGAGGAACAGUAGGCAGCAAUAUUCCGAGUCAAUCGCAUCUUGAUGAGAGUCAUGAGACUCCAUCCACCGAGCGUCCACGCUUGGGUUUAGGUCGUGUUUUGUACGAGCUCCAACAAUAUGGUAUUUUGGGUUCAGAGAGUUACAACGGUCCUGUUUGUUUCAAUUGUUGUGGUUGUCACUCACUGAGCUGUUGCCCGGAAGAAAAAGUUGAGCGCGUGAUUCGACGAAACGUUGAUGCCUUAUUUCCAAAAACAAUCCAACCCACCACUAUGGAUCAUUAUUGCGUGGAAUCGACAAAUUCGCCGUCAGCCAGCAUGAGUAUUGAAGAAAUUGUCUGUGGCAUUGACAGCGGUGAUGAAUAUCAGGAGAUGAUUGCUACUCGUGCUGCACGUGAAAACCUCUGCAUGGAAUCUGAGUGUCCACCGCUGAACAUUUUGCUUCGUAUUCCGAAGCUAGUACAAUUCCUCAACCGUGACAGCGCACCUGAGCUGCAAUUGGAAGCAGCAUGGUCCCUAGCAAUCAUUGUCUCAGGCCCAUCUGAGCAGACCAAAGCUGUUGUUAGGACUGGGGCUACAGAUAAAUUCAUUUCCUUGUUAGGAUCAUUUUCUGACAACAUCUUCUCAAAUGAUUUUACAACUUUGACGCUCAAAUCGGAUUUGGUCGAACCAGCUAUGUGGGCUCUCGGUAGUAUUGCCGGUGACGGUCCAGAUCUACGAGAUUAUGUUAUCGAACAAGGCAUUACGAAGCCUCUAGUUUCCUUGAUCGAGCAUGAUACAUGGUCUACGUUGUCUUCCGUUUCCGCAUGGACCUUGUCCAAUUUGUGCCGUAAGCCUCAUCUCAGUGUCCCUGCUGUUCGGAAGCUUCUCCCCGCUUUGGGUAUCUUAAUUUCUCACGACGACCCAGAAACUCUACAUUAUUCCUGCUGGGCUCUAGCGUUCCUCACUGAUGGUCCAAACGAAAUCAUUCAAGAAAUAGUCGAAGCGGGACUCGUCCCUCGCCUCAUCUCUUUAUUGAAUCAUAAUGAGGGCGCCGUAGUAACUCCAGUUCUAAAAGCCAUUCGCAACAUUGCAGCAGGCAACGAACUUGAUGAAAUUGGUUGUGUUUUCGCUGCUGGUGCAAUUUAAUCUUUGUCGGCCAAGUUAAAGAUUGCACUAAAAACGAUGAAAGAGUCGACGGGGACCGUGUCGAAAACUGCUGUUUGCCCAUUUGCAAAAUCUCUCGACUUAUUCUUCAUUUUAUAACUGUCUGUCAUUUCUUCUUUUACUUAACGUUAACAUCCCUCGUUCUUUCUUUCUGUAAAAAAAAAAUUAAAUUCUUAUUGGCAUUUCUCA